UCAAAUCACUACGCCAUGGUAAGCGUUGAUAUAUUUCGGAGAUGUGCUGUGGCUGCGCAUGAUGAAAAGUCGAAAUUCUGUAUCUAAGGAACGGUAUCAAUUUACCUCGUACCUGCCAUGCAACGCAUCUCUCACAAUCCGUAGAUAACAGAUGCCUGUGGGCCUCAUCAGUCUGCCCAGCUAUAUAUCGCAUGGGAUGCUCAAGUUAUGCAAGCCUCAGUUCUUUCUGAUCCUCUAUCUGUUGUAGUGCGUUUCUGACACGUCCACUCUUUUGCACCAUGCCCUAUUUAGCGCCGCUAUGGAGCCCCGAUCAGCUCCUGCUAAUCGAGCAGAAAUUACGCCAGAUGCAUGUUUACAGCAAAUUAUUUUUCCAUAGCAGCAGCCAGCGGUCUCCGCUUGGAACGGGGUUGAUGUGUCUACUGCCGACAAGUCUUCACGGCUUGGCUGAAGUAGCUGGGCAGACCUGCGCAGGGUUGUCUAUACUUUCAGAUAUCCUUUACUUCAUACUGCAGACCAACUUGACAGCUAUUACGUCCCUUCGACUGUAUGCCCUCUGGAGUCAGAACGGGGAGAUCCUGAUCAUCGUACUCCUGGGUGGGCUUGUCCUUCCCGGCGUAGAAUUGUACGCUUCGACAAGGUCAACCUCACAAGCAUACACACGUCCAUUCUCUGGCUGUGCCUCUACCAUCUAUCUCAGCGCUCGAGAACUUGAGAUAUCACGUAACACUGUGUACAGAAGUUUAGUGGGCUUGUUCCAACCGGCAUACUCCAUUGUAUUUGAAGCGUCCAUCCUGGUCCUGACAUGGAUACGCACCGCGCAUGCUGUGAGAAUUUGCUCCAACACCGUGGUCGUCACGCCUUUGGGUGUGCUGAUUCUGCGAGAUGGAACAAUCUAUUUUGGCGCUAUUUUGGCUCUGAGAGUCUUGAAUAUCAUCACAGUAAAUGAACAGCUGACGGCAUACACCGCACCCAGGCUGACCUUUAUCCUCAUCUCGCGAUUCAUGCUUAAUCUGCGCAUGGUCUACCUGGACGGUCUACGCGGCCGCACGCCCUCGUUCCACCUCACUUCAGUCUCGCACGCGCCGUUCCUAUCCACGAGUAUAAUUGGCAACCUCGGAGCGCCGCUUGACUUUAUCAUCGACGAAUUCGAUGCCGAUGACGAUGAAUGCAAGGCUGACACGCUUAUACAUUACUCGAGCGGGCCCCGCGGACAGGGGAGCAUCAGCUGCUGCGUCGAGCUCGACGACGUGAUUCUCAUCGGAUAGAAGGACGGCGUUUAUUCUGACCGAGCCAGCAGCAUGUCCAGUAGGUUC